GUCGGGGAUGGCGGCCGUUUUGGAGUCGCUGCUGCGAGAGGAGGUGUCGGUGGCAGCAGCCGUGCGGUGGAUCGCGCGCAGCGCCCAGAGUUCGGAGGAUCACCCCCGGGAGGCGGCUGAGCUGAGCUCACUCCGGCCGCUGCGGAAGGAAUUCGUGCCAGUCGGAGGCUUAGGGGCUCUGGCAACCCGGUCGGUCCCAGCCUUGCGCUCUCCGAUCCACCAAACCUCAGCAACCUGGAGGAGUUCCCUCCCGUAGGCUCGGUUGCCCCGGGCCCUGCAGGGACGAAGCCUUCGCGUAGGAUCAACCCAACUCCGGUGAGCGAAGACUCCAAGCCCAAGACCUGCUUCACCUCACCCCCAAUCAGCUGUGUCCCCAGUUCCCAACCCUCAGCCCUGGACACUAGCCCUUGGGGCCUUGGCCUUCCCCCAGGGUGCAGAAGUCUGCAAGAGGAGCGGGAGAUGCUCAGGAAGGAGCGCUCUAAGCAGCUGCAGCUGUCACCUACCCCAGCCUGUCCCGCCCCAGAGUUGGGAUCUCCCCUUCCCAGCCGAUCAGGAGGCCUCACAGCUGAACCUGCUGACCCCUCGAAGGUGUCCUCCCGCCAGCGCUUAGAGCUGGUAGCCCUGGUCUACUCCUCUUGCAUUGCUGAGAACCUGGUACCAAACCUUUUCUUGGAGCUUUUCUUCGUCCUGCAGCUCCUUACUGCCAGGAGAAUGGUAGCUGCCAAGGACAGUGACCUUGAAUCGAGUCCAGGUGCUCUAGAUUCCCUGGAAAGCCCCCUGUUCCAGAGCAUCCAUGAUUGUGUCUUCUUUGCAGUGCAGGUUUUGGAGCACCAGUUUAAUGUUCUUUCCCACUUGGACAGAGGGACCUUGAAGCUCCUGGCCGAGAAUGAGCGGCUACUAUGCUUCUCGCCAGCUCUGCAAGGCCGCCUUCGUGCUGCCUACGAGGGCAGUGUUGCCAAGGUCUCACUGGCAAUACCAUCGUCUGCUCAGGCUGUCUCCUUUCAGCCAGAAACUGACAAUCGUGCCAACUUCUCCAGUGACCGAGCCUUUCAUACUUUUAAAAAACAGAGGGAUGUGUUUUACGAGGUGCUUCGAGAGUGGGAAGAUCACCAUGAGGAGCCUGGCUGGGAUUUUGAGAAGGGCUUGGGCAGCAGGAUCAGAGCCAUGAUGGGGCAACUCUCUGCAGCCCACAGCCAUAGCCACUUUGUUCGCCUUUUCCAAAAGCAACUUCUCCAGAUGUGUCAGAGCCAUGGUGGUGCUGGGGGCACUGUCCUAGGGGAAGCUGCAGAUGUGUUGAGUAUGCUGGGAGCUGAUAAGCUGGGACGGUUGCGGCGUCUUCAGGAACGGCUUGUGGCCCCGCAGAGCAGUGGGGGUCCCUGUCCACCUCCCACCUUCCCGGGCUGUGAAGGCUUCUUCAGGGAUUUCAUCCUGAGUGCCAGCAGCUUCCAGUUUAAUCAGCAUCUCAUGGAUAGUCUGAGCUUGAAGAUCCGGGAGCUCAAUGGCCUUGCCCUGCCUCAGCAUGAGCCUAGUGAUGAAGACGGGGAGUCAGACGUGGACUGGCAGAGUGAACGGAGGCAGUUUGCAGUGGUGCUGCUUAGCCUGAGGCUUCUGGCUAAAUUCCUGGGCUUUGUGGCUUUCCUGCCAUACCGAGGGCCAGAACCACCUCCAAGCCGUGAGCUGCAGGACUCUGUUCUGGCCUUGAGGAACCAGGUCCCUCCUGUCCUAGAUGUGCGGACUCUGCUGCAGCAGGGGCUGCAGGCCCGCCGAGCCGUGCUUACUGUGCCCUGGCUGGUGGAGUUCCUUUCCCUUGCCGACCACGUCGUUCCCUUGCUAGAUUAUUACCGGAGCAUCUUUACUCUCCUGCUGCACUUACAUCGGAGCUUGGUCUUAUCACAGGAAAGUGAGAGGGAGAUGUGUUUCCUGAACAAGCUGCUGCUGCUUGCUGUCCUGGGCUGGCUUUUCCAGAUUCCCACAGUGCCUGAGGACUUGUUCUUUCUGGAAGAGGGUCAGCUGGAUGUCCUUGAGGUGGACACAGUAGCCUCAGAGCAUGGCUUGGACAGUGUGCCUGUCGUGGACCAGCAGCUGCUUUACACCUGCUGCCCCUACAUCGGAGAGCUCCGGAAACUGCUUGCUUCAUGGGUAUCAGGCAGCAGUGGACGUAGUGGGGGCUUUGUGAGGAAAAUCACUCCCACCACCACCACCGGCUUGGGAGCCCGGCCUCCCCAGACAAGCCAGGGGCUGCAGGAACAGCUCGCCCAGGCCUUUUUCCACAACCAGCCACCUUCCCUGCGCAGGACCGUGGAGUUUGUAGCAGAGAGAAUUGGAUCAAACUGUGUCAAACACAUCAAGGCCACACUGGUAGCGGAUCUGGUGCACCAGGCAGAGUUACUUCUCCAAGAGCAGCUGAUGACACAAGGACAGGAAGGGGGAGAUCCAGCUCAGCUGUUGGAGAGCUUGUGUUCCCAGCUGUGCCCGCAUGGGGCCCAGGCAUUGACCCAGGGACGGGAGUUCUGCCAGAGGAAGGGCCCUGGGGCCGUGCGGGCAUUGCUUCCAGAGGAGACUCCUGCAGCUGUGCUGAGCAGCGCAGAGAACAUUGCCGUGGGGCUUGCAACAGAGAAAGCCUGUGCCUGGUUGUCAGCCAACAUCACAGCACUGAUCAGGAGGGAGGUGAAAGCAGCAGUGAGCCGCAUGCUGCGAGCCCAGGGUCCUGAGCCAGCUGCCCGGGGGGAGCGGAGGGGCUGCUCCCGCGCCUGUGAGCACCACGCUCCCCUCCCCUCCCACCUCAUCUCCGAGAUCAAAGAUGUGCUCUCCCUGGCUGCUGGGCCCCGGGAUCCUGAGGAGGGAGUUUCCCCAGAGCAUCUGGAGCAGCUCCUAGGCCAGUUAGGACAGACACUGCGCUGCCGCCAGUUCCUGUGCCCACCUGCUGAGCAGCAUCUGGCAAAGUGCUCUGUGGAGUUGGCUUCCCUCCUUGUUGCAGAUCAGAUCCCUGUCCUGGGGCCUCCAGCCCCACACAGGCUGGAACGAGGGCAGGCCCGACAUCUUCUUCACAUGCUGCUUUCCCUGUGGAAGGAUGACUUUCAGGGGCCUGUUCCACUACAGCUGCUCCUAAGUCCACGAAAUGUGGGACUUUUGGCAGACACUCGGCCGAGAGAGUGGGAUCUGCUGCUGUUUUUGCUCCGGGAGCUGGUAGAGAAGGGGCUGAUGGGACGGAUGGAAAUAGAGACCUGCUUGGGCAGCCUCCAUGAGGCCCAGUGGCCAGGGGACUUCUCUGAGGAAUUAGUAACACUGUUUAACCUAUUUCUUGCUGAACCCCACCGGCCAGAACUCCAGCUAAGAGCUUGUGAGCUGGUGCAGCUGAACCGGGGGACUGUGGUGGCCCAGAGCUAGGGCCGGGAAAUGGCCCUGGUUGGGCAUCUCACCGGAACCCUGCCUCUGCCUCAGGAAGAGGCCUCUAGCCCAAGUGCUCACUGCCGACCCUUGCGGUGUGGGAGUCGCCAGGUCAGUUCCUGCUCAAACACGAAGGAGUGCGUGCUGUUGGCAUCCACAGACUGCAAGCUCACCAGAGUCCUAGAGGAAGACGAGGCCACCUGCUUCAGGAUUAUGGUGCAAAAGCCUAGAGACUGAAGUCUGAAGAAGAGCUGGCGUUUAUCACUUGGAUGCCAAGUGAAAUGGUGUGUGGGGGCUUGUCGACACACAGGACUCAAGCCCUAUUUGCUGCUAUCCCAGCAUUCCCUAAAACUUUGUGGUUCUGGGAAAUCAUGACAGAGGCAAAUGACUUCUGUUUAAUUUGUGAACAAAAAUUUAAAACGUGACCCUUGGGAGUACAUUUUCCUGCCACCAGGAGCUGGACAACCCUCUCCUCAUAUAUGCACAACGGAUAAGGUAGGACUCACCCAGCUGCAACCUGGCUUCCUCUGUGCAGGUAGUGAUUUACUCCCUCUCUCUCCAAGGACCAAGCACAGGGCAGAACAUUAAAGCUUUUUAAAAUAAACUUUUUUCUUAAGGGGG